AUAAUAAUUAAAGAUUGCAUUUAAAAAUAAAAUACACUUCUGCAUUUUGUAAGUUAAUUAUUGAAAAAAGAAGAAUAGCUCUUGUUAAAGGUUAAUUGUAUAAUAAACUAAUUACGAUGUAGGUAUUGGAUUAGCCUUAUUUAAAAUGCGGAACAUGUCUUCAGAUAAAAAUGACGAAGAUGAUGCGGAACCGGAAAGUUUGGAAGAGGCGGGAAUUUUGGAAGCUGAUGUCGGAGCGAAUUUCGAUCAACAACUGGCCAACAUAGACCCAAAGCUGAAAGUCGACAUGGAUCCAAAAGCCCACCGCGACUUGCGUCCAGAAAUGAUGUUCAUACGAGAAGAACUGCGGCAGGCUAAGAUGCAGACACUUGCGGUGCGUCGAACUGCUCUGAAGAAAUUACUCAUGAAGGACUUUUUGCAAGAAGACUGCGAAUUGAAGAAUAUCGGGCUGUCGUAUGCACCGCCUGAUCCGUAAUAAAUUAUUUAAAAUA